AUGUUGGCUGGGACGGGGCCUCCCUCUACCACUGGGACACCAGUUUCAAGCCCUGAAAGCGCGAGAUCUGUCUUGGAAAAGCCAACAAUCGCCCAAGUCCCAGUAUCGGAGUCCGACUACUACCUGACCGGCUCAAAGCUAUACCUCGUUCUUACUGGCAUUGGUCUGGCCAUCUUCCUCUUUGCACUUGACGUAUCGAUUAUCUCGACGGCAAUUCCGGCCAUAACAGUGCGGUUCCACGCGACCACUGACAUCGGCUGGUACGCAGCAGCCUACCCUCUAUGCCUCUGCGCAUUGCAGCCUCUGUCUGGAAAGAUCUAUGCCAAUUUCAGUCUGAAAUGGGCCUACUUCGCCUUCGUCGGCAUCUUCCUCCUGGGCUCGCUCCUGUGCGCCGUUGCUACUAGCUCCAACAUGUUCAUCUGUGCCCGGGCCGUCACUGGCGUGGGCGCAGCAGGCAUCUUCUCCGGCUCUCUGUCAAUCCUGGCCAUCGUGGCUCCGCUUUCCAAACGAGCCCUCUACACCGCAGCGCUAGCAUCUCUCUUUGGAGUUGCCACAGUCACAGGCCCGCUUAUCGGAGGGGCCUUGACGACCAAGGUCUCAUGGAGAUGGUGCUUCUACAUCAAUCUCCCCAUUGGCGCCGUGACACUUGUUGCCUUGGCCUUGUUCUUCAGGCCACCCGUGCGAGAUUCCGACAAAGGGUCGUUGUGGGAGAAGAUACUCAAGAUUGACGUCGUGGGCUGUGUCCUCUUCGUCCCCACCGUCGUCAUGGCCCUCCUGGCUCUGCAAUGGGGAGGUCACGAGUACCCAUGGAAGUCAGCCACCGUCAUCGGCCUUUUCUGCGGGGCCGCUGCACUGGCGGUGGCGUUUCUUGCGUGGGAGUGGCACAAGGGCGACGACGCCAUGAUUCCCUUCUCCAUCCUGCUCCAGCGCUCGGUUUUGCUGAGCUGUCUCUUCAUCGCAUUCAUGAUGGGCAGCUACAUCGUCAACAUCUACUACCUCCCCGAAUGGUUCCAGGUGAUCAAAGACGCCACGCCCCUCCACAGCGGCGUCAUGACCCUUCCGGCGGUUAUUGCCCAAGUCCUCGGCGCCACCAUUGCAGGCCUGAUCAUCAACCGUACCGGAUACCACAACCCAUGGUCUUUCAUAGGCAUGGCAUUCAUGGCCACAGCCUCGGGUCUGUACACCACGCUCGACACAUCGACCGGCCACGCCAAGUGGAUCACCUACCUCGUCUUUCAAGGCGUGGGCGGUGUCGCCAUGCAAAGCCCCCUGCUCGCCGUGCAAGCCGCGCUGGCAUCUCGACCGCAGCUCAUCCCGAUCGGCAUCUCGACGGUCGCCUUCUUCCAGUACUUUGGUGCGUCUGUGUUCCAGAGCAUCGCCUUGGCCAUCUUCCAGAACCAGCUCGUCAGCUCGCUCAAGUCGCACGCCGACGGCCUCACCCAGGACCAAGUCCAGUUGUUGCUCGACGCCGGGUCCGGACACGCUCGGAGGGUCACAUUGGAGUCCUUCCCCUCGAAGCUCCAGCCCGUGUUGUGGGCGUACAACAAGGCAAUCGCGAAUGUGUUUUAUGCUCCCAUGGGAGCCGCCAUCGUGGCUUUCUUCCUCGCGUUUGGCGUCGAGUGGAAGGACAUUCGGGCGGCAAAACCGGGCCCGCCGCGCCCGGAGAGCGACGGACGGGCUGAGCCUGUUGAGCAGCACGAGGUUAGGAACGACACCGUGGCGCGGGCAGACAAAGAAGACGUCAAGGUUUGA